AUGAAGCCGUCGCUCGAUGAUCUACCCGCCGAAGUCUUGGUAGAAAUCUUUGGCCAAUUUUGCCUCCACUGUCGCGCGCAGACCGUUUUGUAUCACGAGUUUGUGCUCGGAUACGGCGACUCGGUCUGCUCGAGAGUGUAUGACUUUGACGGCCGGCUCGCGUCAUUUAUGCACACCGUUGGACGGCGAAGAGGCCUCGCGGCCAAGGUUCGCAAGGUUGCUAUUCAGGCUUCAGCGGAUGAGCGGAAACGAUGGGGUCGGCAUUACGAUGAACUCCUCCGAAUCUUUUUGACUCCCGAGCUCAGGGAUCCCAGAAAGGCUCACCUGGAGAUUAUGGGACCCCCUUAUGACUUUAGGGCCGUCGACGCCGAGCUCAUCAACAUGCUCAUUACUCUCCUCCCAAACGUGGAUCACUUAAGUCUCUAG